AUGAGCGCAUACGGAGGAAAAGGCCCUAUGACCAAUGCAGUCCUCUGGGUGCUAGUUGUCAUACUUGCCACCUUUGUGGCUCUUCGACUCUAUACUCGAAAGCAGAUUUUGAAUUCAAUCGGUGCCGAUGAUUAUCUAACUGUCCUUGCACUGGUCGUUCACAUUCUAUACACAAUCUUUGUCACCAUAGCUACAACGUACGGUCUAGGGAGACUCUUUGCGGAUGUCAAUGAUCUUGCAAGCUACAUCACCGCCACCAAGUAUGAAGUCUUCAGCCAGGUGGCCGGUCUGAUGGCCAUCGGGAUAGGAAAGUUAGCCGUCGGCACGUUCCUACUCCGAAUCGUGAGAAACAAAUUUCAGAUUCUUUUUAUCUGGGCUUGUAUGGCCAUAACAACUAUCAUUACGUUAUUUGCGAGCAUUACUGUUGUUGUGCAAUGCAUACCCGUUGAGAGGACCUGGAAUCCAUAUGCGAAAGGAACGUGCUGGCUCAAUUUUUCCAACGUCGGAUACACGGUGGGAUCGUGGUUCGUUGCCGCCGACUUUUGCUUUGCGAUUCUACCGUGGUUUGUGAUCUGGGAUCUCAACAUGAAGAACAAGGAGAAGAUCACUGUUGCGUGCGGUCUUAGUCUUGGUAUCUUUGCCGGGAUAUGUGGCAUUGUUCGCACGGUGGCUUUAAGUGGACUUGACGCAUCCGAGUACAUCUAUGACACUGUACCGAUGCUUAUCUGGUCCGCAACCGAAAGCUGCGUGACGAUAAUGUGUUCCUCAAUCCCCGUCCUCCGCCCUCUCUACGUCCGCAUCAGAUACGGAACAGAAGGCAAAGACAGCUCUGCUGGCAACACAUCCUACAAACUGCCCAUGUACGGUAGCGGUCGCAAGCAUGGCAGUAUUUCGAAAUCCGGUCUUGAGCAUUCGAUUAUCGAGUCCGGUGACAAACCGUACCCGCAACAGACAGUGGUGAGGUACAACACGAACAACAUGAGUGAUGAGAAUAUUCUGCAAGGUGCUGCGGGUAUUGAGAGGACGGAUGAGUAUCUGGUUAGCUAUGAGCCGUUUCCUAAGAAGGCCCAUUGA